CGGUACAUCAGCACAGAGCUGGGGAUGCGGCAGCGGCUCUUCGUGGGUGUGCUGACCUCCAAGAGCACGCUGAACACGCUGGGGGUGGCUGUCAACCGCACACUGGCCCACCGCCUGGAACGCCUGGUGUACUUCACAGGCAUGCGGGGCCGCAAGGUGCCCCACGGCAUGACGGUGGUGACACACAGUGAUGAGCGGCCCAUCUGGAACAUGUACCAGACCAUCAGGUACCUUCUGGACCACUACGUGAACGACUUUGACUGGUUCUUCCUGGUGCAGGACGAUACCUACACAGAGGCACACCGCAUCAGCCGCCUGGUCGCCCACCUCAGCAUUGACACCCACCUCUACCUGGGCCGUCCCGCAGAGUUCAUCGGCGGGGACACCGAGGGACGCUACUGCUACGGGGGGUUUGGCUACCUGCUGUCCCGCAGCCUCCUCCUACUCCUGCAGCAGCACCUGGAGAGCUGCCGCAAUGACAUCCUCAGUGCCCGGCCUGAUGAGUGGCUGGGCCGCUGCAUCAUCGACUACACAGCUGUCAACUGUGCCGAGGAGCACGAGGGCCUGCAUUACCACUAUUUUGAGCUGGGGAAGAACGUGGACCCUGAGCGGGAGACUGACCUCCGUUUCCAGAACGCUUUCACUGUCCACCCUGUGCUGGAUCCCCUCCAGAUGUACCGGCUGCACAAGUACUUUGCCCAGGUGGAGCUUGAGAGGACCUACCAGGAGAUCCAGCAGCUCCAACUGGAGAUCCAGAACGCCAGCAGCCUGUCCGCUGACGGGGACCAUGGUGCCACAUGGCCCAUUGGCAUCCCACCCCCCUUCCAGCCCAAAACCCGCUUCGAGGUGCUGCGCUGGGACUACUUCACGGAGGAGCAGGUCUACGCCUGUGUGGAUGGCUCUCCCAAGUGCGAGUUGCGUGGCGCAGAUCUGGCGGAUGUGGCUGACGUGGUGGUCAUCCUGCCACUAACAGCGCACGACCGGGACCACGCUGCCCGCUUUUUGGAGGCUUAUGCAGCGGCUGCCUUUGAGAGCAGUGAGAACGCGGUGCUCACGUUCCUUUUUAUCUAUGACCCCUUCGAGGCCCAGCAGGUCACGCAGAAUGACAUCUUUGCCCCUGUGAAGGCCCAGAUCACAGAGUAUGAGCGCAAGUAUGCAGAGGUGAAGAUCCCGUGGAUCAGCGUUAAGACAGACGCACCCUCCCAAAUCAAGGUCAUGGACAUCAUCUCCAAGAAGCAUCCCGUGGACACACUUUUCUUU